AUGGCAAGACACUGGAGACGGUACAUGAAGACAUGGGUGAAAGUGGAUGAAGCAAUGAAGCACUACGGCAGCUCUUACAAGUCCGAGAAGAGGGCCAAGAUACUCAUAUUCAUCUUGACAAUGGCUUCUGAAGAUCAAUGGAUGGAAGUCCGAGAAGAUUAUAACCGCCUGGAGUGUCAUUGUAAAAUUGUAAAUUCCGAAUUAGGCUACGCCUACUUGAUCUCAUUCGCUGGUAAUCUCGGUGGAGUACUGAUACAACUCUACAAUACGCUUAACUUCAAAGCGACUGUUAUUGGGUUGACGUAUCUUUACUAUUCUUUUGGAUUUGUACUCACGAGGAUACUUUGCGUUUGCUUUUUUGGCUCCAAUGUCAAUGAACAAGCUAAGAGAUCCUUGAUGUUUCUCUAUAGAGCUCCGAACAGUGCUUAUUAUACAGAGAUUGCUGGAUCUAUUGUGACGUAUGAAUUGGUGCUGGUCCAGUUUGCUGGAGAGGUUAUAAAGGAUGACUCGACAUUAAAAAAUAAGACUAAUUCCUUAUAAACGCCCUUGGUUUCAUAAUGGUAAGGAGUUGAGUGUACAUGUUUUACGAGGAAUGCAAAAAAUGCAGGACAACUGUACAAUCUCAAGGAUUUUAGUCAAUUUUGGGAUAAGUUCUGUCUUGUUUAGUGAUUAUAAUAUUACAAUUUAAAGUUAUUGUCAUUAAAUUGGUUAAAAUAAAU